CUCGAUUGUUUUUGUGAAAUGCAUCAUGGAACCAUGAAAGCCGUGGUCCGUCGUCGAGACUCGAGAUGCCGCAAAGGUUUCUGGGUAUGCAGAGGGAGCCAUAUUUUUCCAAUAUCAGUUACGUGAAAAUACAGCGGAGGGAAAGCAUCUGCGGGAUGGAAUUUUUAUUGGUAUUGACGAAAUAGAGUGGAUUUUCAGGGUGAAAAUCGUGCGCGUGUUUCGGUCUGCAGGGUCAGAUUUGUCGCGCGUUGAGUGAUGUUUUUUUUUUUUUUAUUAUAAUUAAUAUCGUUACGUUAGUGUUUUGUUCCACGAUUAAGGUGAAGUUUUAGUGAAAACAUUGGUUCGGGACCGCGCAGGUGUUGGGAAGUUGUUUCGGCGACGGGGUUAACUUAACCGUGUUUCACAGUGCGAACGCGUAACGUAGCGCGACGUAACCGUAAUGUAACGGUGAUGACAUCGAUGUCAUAACAAUAUCAAUUGGUUAACAUAUUUUGUGCCCUAAUUAUAUCACGAUUCUGCACGUACACCGAUACGUGUAUAGAUGUAUAUACAUACAUAUACAAUAUACGUAUAUUGUGUAUUAAACCACGGUGUGUAAAGAUUAUACAUCCGUAGUGUGCAAGUGCAGCUCCUACUGGUCAGGGUUAAUAGAGUGCCAGUGCCGCUAUUGGAUUAUUUUCGUGUGUGAUGUCAACUGGAUUCAGUCGUUGUCUAGUUCGUACAUAUGCACCAAAUGCGCAAUUCAGAGGAUGCCGCAGGGACUAGAGGAGUGUCGGAGGCGUGCGCUGUGUAUACCAGUAAUGUUGGUGGCGCGGCGCCCUGCACUGCUGGACCUGGACCAUGGCCGGCAAGCCUGAGCAGAUCCCGUCUCACCCUGUUCCCUCCCAUCGCAACAAUCAGCACCAAUCGUCACUGCCAAAUAUACAGCAAAACAGUCUUCUAGUCUACGUUUCUGGUGAUAACUUUGCCUAUGCCACAGCGGUAGGUCAGAAUCCUCCCGUUGGUUACCAGCAGGGAUCCUACCACAAUGCCUUGCUGCAAUCGCAGGGACAAGUUUAUCCAGCUAAAACUUACCCGGGUAAAAAUAUCACCAAACAAAUAAAUUCGAUUGGAAACAAUGCCCUGUCGGAACACGAAGAAGGUAUCUCCAGAUCUCAAUCGUACUCCAUUGUCGACAGAGCCAACGACGAAAACAGGCAGAGACCGAUACCGAUACUUGCAACCAAUGGGACAGCUUACGAUCAGGCAACCCUGACCAACGGUCAUCGUUUGACGAGUCAUGGGAACGGGACAGAGAGUAGUCUGGCGGAUACGAAUAGUAGUAAAAGUCCAGGACUAAGCGGCAGCGAAGAGCCGUUUGGAAAAGCGACGAGUUCUGAUGAACAACGGAAAGUAUUUUCUAUGAGGGCGCCCCACAGGGUCAGCGGGGAGGCAUGCAACGCCGCCUACCCCGUGGCACAAUUGCCCGACGGGUACUUGCCGCCGGGUAAAAUCGCCACAUCACCAGGGGAGACGUGUUCAAGUGUCGUCAACGAAACUACUCCUAUUACUUUUGUUCAGCAUACCGGCGAGGAAGUUUAUUCUCCAAGUAGUUUAGUGAACGACCAUCGAGGCGUCGGUGUUAAGUGCGAGUUGAGUUCAAAUUCGAAUUCAAAUUCUCUUUCGAAUCAGACAUUGGAUUCUUGUCUGGAUAAUCAGAUCAGCUUGGGGAGCGUCGGGAGGUGCGAUUCUGUGCGAUCGGAUACAGCGGAAUCUACUUACAGCAGCCUAAGUAGCCCCGAAAGUCAAAGCCAGUCACAAGAGUCACUGUCAUUAAAUUCGUGUCCACAGCAGGCUGUGAGAUCAUUGUUGCCGAACAACGUGCAGCAUCAUGUUGUGUUGAAUAUGAACAGUGGUGCCGUGAAUCAGCAGCAACAACAAACAUCUGUUUCUGUUCCUCAGGGGUGGAAGAGGAUAUGCACUAACGGUGUCAUCAUAUAUAUCAGUCCAAGCAGUACGGCGCUGGGUUCGCUGGACCAGCUGAAAGAGUACCUGACAACCGCGGGAACCUGCAAGUGCGGCUUGGAGUGUCCGCUAAGGCCGGAGCUGGUUUUCAACUUCGACCCCAAGGUUGCAACGCGACCUUGGUGCCCGGACCAGGGCAAAACCAGGGAGAUGACAAAGCUCUGCAACCAUAAGAGGAAAUUGCUGCUCCCCGUUGCCGCCGCGAGUCCCGUCGCCUCCUCGACCGUCUCCUGCGUCCCGGCGCCUCCAGCCUCGCCGUCGCCUACCUCAUCCGACAAGUCCAAAAAAGACGGCCUUAGUAAGAGGAAGAAGAGAAAGUUGGCAAGCGCGGGAGGACUGUACUCUGGUGUUUCCGUUUCUCAGCUACUGGUCCAGCGGGAACGUGCCCUGGUAGCCUCUACAGGGACAGGUGUACAAGGCUCUCCAGUUUCCAACAAUCCGCAGGUAUGGCCGCCGAUCGCAAUACCGAAUCUGCAGAUUCAGCAGAAUAACCAAUCGAUCAAUCACCAACCUUUGAAUUCUCCAUCGCAGAGUCAGGACGUCACCGGCGCCGCGGCGGCUCGCACGCCUCAGCAGAGAUUGGGUCAACAUGGGAUGCCUGGGAUGGUGGUGGGCAAUCCUUUGAUAAUGAAUCAGCAGGGGAACAAUUUGAAGAAUAUGACCCAGCAACAACAACAGAUACUUCAGCAGCAGCAUCAGCAACAAUUGAUACUACAGCAACAACAACAGCAGCUAAUGCAACAACACAUAUCUCAGCAACAGCAACAACAACAACAGCAACAACAAAUAUUACAUCAUCAUCAGCAAAUGCAGCACAUGCAAAUACUUCAUCAGCAGCAGCAACAGCAACAGCAACAGCAACAGCAACAGCAGCAACAACAGCAUCAGCAGCAACAUCAGCAACACCAACAACCACAGCAACAACAAGGUGUUGUCAAUAACCAAAUCUCGCAGCAGUUGCCCACAUAUAUCAAUCACUUGAACCAACAGUCUUUACAUGUAAUGCAACAACAGCAUAUUAGUCAGCAGCAGCAACAGCAGCAGCAACUGCAACAGCAGCAGCUUCACCUGCAGCAGCUACAGAAACACAAUAUGAGCAUACAGCAGCAACAGCAACCACACAUUGCCCAAAGCUCGGAGCAGGCACAAACAACGAGUAAUUACGGAGCUCAGAAUCAGCCCGAUGCGUUUUUACAUCACAUAACACCACCUCAAAACCUAACGCAGACGCAGCUUCACCCUCAGCUGCAACAGCUCCACCAACAUCAAAUGCAACAGCUACAGCAACACCAGCACCAGCAGCAACCACCUCAGCAUUUGAUGCAGCCCCAAGCACCCGAGCAUUUUCAAAUGCAAAUUCAUCAACAACAGCAACAGCAGCAGCCACAGCAACAGCAACAAAUUCCACAGGCAUGCGCGCAGCCUCAGUAUCCAAAUCAAGCUUCGCAGUCAACUAAUCACCUGAAUGGGCAGGUUUUGAAUGUUAUGCAACAGUCAAACGCCGGUGCGAUUGCCAAUGGUGUUAAUAAUGGAGAGUCUCAGAAUCGGCAAAACAGACCGCCAACGAUUAGCGACGACGAUAUGAAUGCCAAACAAAUUCCGCAUCAGCAUCAUCCAAUGCACAGUCACGUAUUGCAGCGACAUCAUGUUCUACAAAAUUGUAACUUGAUACCUAAUGGCGUACCCACGGAAAACAUGCAACGAAUUUACCCGCAGCAUCAAGUACCGUAUCCGCUGAGACACUUUGAUUCAACGAAGGGUGUCGGAAUGGAUUCAAAGCCAGUGCAUCAACCAUUCGCCAAUGUGAAUCAUCCUGGUAGAAGUCCCAAUGGUAAUCAUGGCGCGGAAGCUCAGGCGGGCAUUGGCUCAAACGGACAGACGAUUGGCGCUCAAUUUAUUCCGAGACCCCCACCAUGGCAGCAGAAUAGAACAGUCGUAGCAGCACAUCAGUCGCCGCCUGUUUCUGUUCAGAAUAACUUAGUUUGCAAUACGUUUGAUCGGGUUCCGCCCUUGCAUCAUCAUAUACCACCAACACCUGCUUGGACUGAUGAACUUGCUCGCAAAAAAGCUAAAGCGAGUAAAUCGUUUGGUAAGAAACGACCCCACCAUUCAAUGGAGAUGAAAACUGCUGCUGUUGAUCAGUCAAAUCUUAGUUCCGGAGAUGAUUAUACUGAAAAAGCGCAGUCGAGUAAUCAAAUUGGUUCGACAGUCGCAAGUACUGGUCCUUCUUUUCUGGAGGAUCCCAGUGGGUACCUGGCUCAGCAAACUGCGCUUUUGAACAGUACAAUUUCGAGACAAACUGGUGUCAGUAGCUCUCACGUGACGAUUCUCAACAGCUCGAAAGUAUCUCAGACUACGCACAGUGCACACGUCCCUGGUAAUAAUGCUUAUCUUCCACAACCAAAGCCUUCCUCAGUAUCAAGCCCCAUCAACUCUUCCAUCUGUAAUAAUUCUGUUAAGAAUCACGCUACUUCUCCGAUAGUUGUUCACAGCAGCAUGACACCUACUCCGAUGAAUAAUGUUAUGGUUCCUGAGCACAGCCCUUGCCAAGGUUGCGUUUCCAGUGGUGAUACACAAUCGUAUACACAGGAUCAAUAUAAACACCAAUUUCACUGUCAAUAUGUCGUACAACCUGAUCAACGCGACGAUCCGGUAACUUCGUCCACAUUUGGCAUGGACAAACUGCCGACCAGUCAGCAAAUUGAUUCAAGGCCAAUUCAGGGAGGAACUGUUAGUACCAGUCAUGGAUCACCCAUGGGCAAUCAUAGCCCCGCGAAUUCCGAGACACCCGCAUCUUCGACAUCGGGUAUGUCUCAGCCAACAACGCCGCAGAGUCUCAUAUCGUCGCAACCUUCAACACCCCACAGUUACUCGCAACCUCCGACACCUCAUUCUCAUCAAACACCCGGGAACGUUUCUUCGCAGCCAUCUACACCUCAGAGUCAGCAACCUACUCAGUCGUCCUCAUCUUUACCGUUGACAUCAUCCCCGUUGUCUGCAUCACAAGAGCAACGCUCCGCAACACCAACAUGUUCCACUAUAGCGCCGUCUAGCACGGAUCCCCCUAGCGCUUCCCCACAGAUCGAAAUUCCCGUUCAAGUCUCUGAAACUUUGGCGCAGAUUUCUACCCAUUCAACAAAACGGCAAGUGUCAACAGGUCUUAGACAAUCUGCUGUUGAUGGCUAUCAACCCCAUCCUCAUACCAUUAACGUCGUAUCGCGUGGAUCGUUCAAUCCUUAUAGUGGCGCGUCAUCGGUAAUAACGACUAUGGCUAGUGGCCAUACUGCAAGUAGCAAUACAAUUACAUCCGUACUCGCGGGGAGAGCCAACACCGCAACGGUAUCAAUUAAUGCACCGUCUGUGUUGCCCAAUUCUGCUGUAUCUAAUAUACUCGUUUCUAGUAAGAAUCAACUUCAAAAUCAAUCCACCGUGUCAUCUUCGAAUACGCACGUGUCAUCGGCAACCUUACAUCACUCUGGCUCCAGUCCGAUUGUCUACAGUCAACCAACGACUGUCAGCGUGUCGAAAUCUCCAUUGGAAAUGGUUCAAAGCGUAGUUAGCAGCAUUCAGGUACCUCAGGGUACAUCUUGUUCACAAGCACAGCCACAAACACAUCAACAGAGCCAUCCACAAUCAAACGUGCAAGUCCACAAUGUCAUUCACACGUCGGCUGGUGUGCUCAAGCAUUCACCUGGAAAUACCUUACCUCCGGGCCACAUUUUGGUUUCCAGCGGUGGACAGUUGAUAAUGGCGAGUACAGGAUCAGGAAUAAGUGGAGUUAUGGCACCUCCACCACCCAAACUGAUAUCGAAUGCGAGUUCGAUGCCACCAAUGUCGGUCUCACCUAUGGUGACGAGUGUGACGGGAGCUGUCAGUCAAGUUAUUCCAGCAGUGGGAGUUGCUCAGCAAGUGAUUGGACAACCGACUGUACUUGUUAAUACCAUUCAGACGCCACUUCUCAUUCAACCAAGUGUAAUGACAAUGGAUGGUAUAGGGCAGAACGUUCAAAUUCCACACCUCACUGUGGCCACCGGAAACGUGUUGCAAAAUGCCCAGUCAAUAAUAGAAGCUAAUCAAGACGUUGCGAGAAAUGUUAAUGCCAAUCCAGGAGUCGUUAAUCGGCAGCCAGCACUGCUGUCUCCGGAAUCUGCAAUUAAUAAGAAAAAAGGAUAUAAAAAAAGAAAGGGAAAUUCUCAAACUGUGGCUUCUAUGCUUCACAUCUCAUCUUCACAACAAAAUACAGGAAUGCUGAUGCAAUCACAGUCAAAUUUUGCCCAACAAAAUUUCCAAACUCAAAGCAUAGGAGGUCCAAUGCUGCAAGCUCUCACAAUUGUUCCAGGGAAAGGCGGUGCUCCAGCUCAGCUUGUGAUGAAUGGUCAAGCAGGAACGGCAUCAACACAGUUUAAUACGCAGCAAAUAAUUACUAAUCCUCAACCAACUCAGCAAAUCAAUUUGUUACAGCCUGUUAAUCUGUUGAAUGGAGCUACAGGAAUGAUGCAGAAUUUCCCAACAAUCCAACAGUUCAUUGUACCAGGAAUUGGCAGCAUGGUUAUGUCAGCUGAUGGUACAGCGACACUACUGCAAGAUAAUAACUUGGGAAUGCAACUGCAAAUUCAGAAUGUAAACGGGCAGAAUGUGCUAACGCCAGUUCAAAGUCACAGUGGAAUAUUUAGUCCAGGACAGAGUAUUUUAGCUGCUGGGCCCGCUGGGAUGGUGAUUCGGGCACCGCAAGCAACAAGUGGAAAAAUCAUUCAGCAGCACAGUCCAGGAGCCCAAUUUUUGUCACCGAACAGUGGGCAGUUCCUUGUAAAUGGUACAACUUCGUUCGGCAAUCAGCUGAGCCCGAUUGUAGCUAAUGUUAGUCCGAACCAACAAGUAACAUUUAACACAUCUCAGGUUCGUCCUUCAAAUGUCCAAGGCCAGCAGGAGUUCAUCCAGAUGAAUGGACAAACGCUAAUGGUACCUUGCACCCCGGCAUCUAACAUAGCUGUUUCUUCUGCUUCCAAUCAGCAAAACACAACUUUUGUGCAACAGAAUACAACAAUUGUACAACAACAAACUACCAUGGUGUCAAACAAUCAAAUACCGAAUUUCCAGUCUGCAAAUACUAACAACGCUGCUAACAUAGAUUCCUCGCUAAAUUUAGACCAGCAUCAAUCGUAUAUUCUUAGUGGCGGCCUUGUUCAAGCAAAAUCACCCUCAUCUCCGAAAAGUACAGCUAGUUCGCCGCGUUGUGAACAAAAUAUCGAGCAGCAACAAUAUGUUUUAACAAGUACUAGUGCUCCUGUUGUUGAAAAAACAGCUCAACAAAACAGUCAGCACAGUCCGUUAAUGGCGAGGCAUUCAGUAUCCACGCAGACAGCAGGGAAUCAAGCGAACGUUGCACAAUCCACGUUGAUGCGGCAAGGAUCACCACCGGACACGACGACACAUAGUCCUGGAAAUAGCCAGCGUUCUAGUAGUCCUGCAGUGGAUACCACGACUCAUGGCGCAGCAUCACCAGCACCAUCUAUGGGAACAAGGCACCAUUCAUCUUCGACGCCAAUGGUUCACUGCGUGUCCAGUAGUGAACCUGACUCUGGCGAUACCCAAAUAGUGACUGAGGACUGGCGAGUCCAAGGAUUAGCGACGAAAGAAGUGAUGGUCGGACCACCUGGACACCAUGGAAAAACUUACGUUGAGUCGACGGUGACAACUGGGAUCCAGAUCUAUGCGUCAGAGACGUUGAAGCAGGCGGAAGGGGUGGUGAGCUCGGGAAGGUGCGAGGGCGCGGAACAUGCCCUCGGCCGUGGGAUCAAGCGAAAACUGGACUCCGUCCACUCCAUGCACUCUACUCUGCAUGAAGACCAGGAUGUAACCGAGGAUCAAAGAGAAGCUGGAAAUUCGUGGAAACUUGAGGUUGGUGAGCUAGUAUGGGGCGCAGCUCGGGGGAGUCCAGCUUGGCCUGGAAAAGUCGAGUCCUUGGGACCCCCGGGCAGCUUGCGCGUUUCGGUGCGUUGGUACGGGGGCAGCGGAACGCUCACCCAGGUCGAUGCUACUUCCCUCAAAUCUCUCUCCGACGGCCUCGAGGCACACCACCGUGCCAGAAAAAAGUUUAGGAAAAGUCGUAAAUUAAAUAUGCAACUGGAAAAUGCUAUUCAGGAAGCAAUGGCCGAGUUGGAUAGAAUGAGCGAAUCUCAGUCAAUAGCGAAAAGUACAACACGAAAGUGCAACAGACAAAGCGUAGCAUCGAAGGCGACAGGAUCGCUCAAGUCUGAUUCUAAGAAAGUACAGAAAAGAAAAGAUACAAAGUCAACAGAGACUACAAAAGCAAAACAUCAUAACCGGUGAUGCAUGGAGACUGUUGGUAACUCUAAUUUUCAAAAACAAAGUGGAUGGUAUGUAGUGUAUCUGUAAUGAUUAUUUAUAAAUGUAAUUAAUAAGCAGCAUCAAGGAAUAGCUAGAAUUGUACAUAUACUUGCCUAAUAUAACGAGAAUUCUGAUUGCAUAAUAGGUAAAGAAUGCUCAUAAAAAAAGAUAAAAUAAAGAAAUGAAAUAAUUAAUGAGUGUCAAAACACAGUGAUAUUAGUAUCUUGGAAUCAGUUAGUUUUCUGCAAAUAUUUGUCUCUGGAUAUUUUUCUUCCACUUAUAAUUUCGAUUGUUAAUUUCCUUAUUAUUAUUGUGGUUAUAAUUGGUAGUUUAUUUAGCUAUAUUGAUUGUGCUUGAUAAAUUUGUACAUUGUUUAUAUGUAAAAACUUAACUUUAUAACACCACCUCCACCACCAACGACGACAACAACAACAACAACAACAACAACAACAACAACAACAACAACAACAACAACAACAACAACAACAACAACAACGACAACGACAACAACAACAACAACAACAACAACAACAACAACAACAACAGCAACAGCAACAGCAACAGCAAAAGCAACAGUAACAGCAACUACAACAGUGUAAUUAUUAUGCCUGUGACGAACCCUGAAAAUUGUUUGUAAUUAUAUGUAAAUUUACUUAUUUUGAAUGAAUUAUAUAGUGUGUAUUUACUUAAUCGCAUAUUAGCAUAAUAUAAUUGUUAUAUCAAAUCACACGUUAAUAUUAAAAAAUAAUAUUUUUAUGCAAUUCAGUAAAAUACUGUCGUUUAGUGCAGUAGUUCUUAGUUAGUAUACAUGAAACGUACGAAAUUAUGUUGCUGAAAUAUAAUAAUGAUGUAUACCUAAUUACAACUAUUAUAAUUGACUACUGUAUUUUUAUUUUAUGUAUAUAUACUGCGUGGUAUAAAUGCGUGAAACUUUCGUCAGCGAGUAACAGGACACGUUUGAAAAAAGAUACAAGUUUGGAAAAAAUGCAGAAAUAUGUUUGACAAAUAAUACAUGUAUUUAAAAUAUACACACGCGCGCAUACACACACACACACACACAUACGCGCGUGUGUGUAUAUUUUUUCAAUCGCACACUGUUACUAACCGGUUAAAGUUGGACGCAUUUACAUUAACUUUGGCCACACACAUUUUUCUUUCUUCUUUUUACAUGAAACGAACAUGUCAGGGUCCAGCGGACUUUGUCGUUAUUUUCUUACUGCUGUUUGGUCUCUUAAUUAUUCUUUCUCGACAUUCGGAUACAACGGUGAAAAGCGUGGAGUCUAGGGAAAAGUUUUCCGUGAGUUAAACGAAACUUCAACUUGCCUAUUCUAAGCUGUAAUCGUAGGAGUGAAAUUUCUAAAAACUUAAAAGAAGAACGGGGUUCGCGUGGACCCUGUUAUACCUAUAUGUCUGGAGUUGAUCACAUGCUAAAGUUUUGAGAGAAUUGUUAAGCCAAGCAAAAUAUUCUAAUUACAUAUUUAUUGCAGUGCUGCAUUUCGAACAUCCACUUAAUCAAUAUGGGCAAUAUACGGGAUCAAUCAUUCGUACUUUCCGUAGGGGAUCCUCGAGUGAAAGCAAGAGCACCUUAUUCUUCAUGAAUCCCACAACAGGCUUUCCGUUAGAGUCGACAUAGCCUGCUACUUACUUGCUAUCUGACCCUGAAGUGAGACAGAGAGUUACUUACGUGGGAUUCACCUAGAAUCAGGUCUUACUUGCUCUCGCAGAUUCUCUACGAAGGGUAAGGAAUGAUUGCCGUUUAUACAGAUUCGUUUGAAUUAUUCCGCACCGCGUGCCGUGCUAAUUUCAUGCUUCAUUGUGUCUCAUGGAAUGUAAACAUUUCCAUCUGUCCUUUUGUUUGUUUUCUUUUCCCUUUAUUACCGAUGCAUAAAAACCGAGACUGAAUGAUCAUACAAUUCUUUCUUUUUUUCUUUACAAUAGAGUUCGUGCUCAAGCAGAGAGAAACCUCAUAUUGAGAAUUUUCAUACUUGUCUAGUUGAGGAAUUAUAGGUACCUAUAUUUAUUGGUAGAUGUAGAAAUAUUUCAAUGAUAUCUUACAUAUGUUUUUACAUAUUUCGUGUUUUCCUAUUUGUACUUUCGAUAUAAUUUGUGAAAGUACUUCAUUUCAAAAGUCGUUAUUGAGGCACAAACAGUAAGAGCAACAAUUUUUUUUUUCACUAAUUAACGAGCCACUGUUGAAUGUAGUAGAAUAAAUAUUAUUCGACUUUAAUGAACAUGUUGUAUUCACAAUACGAUAAAUUGAUCUUCGAGAAUUCAUUUCCUCUGAAGAUAGCUCUUUGCUUAUAUCAACACUGGCAGACAAUAAAUAAUGAAAUGCAAAUAUCAAAGUAAUUUUGUAUGAUUUUCAAUGUGUCAAGAAAAUGGCAUCUAUGUGUAUGUAUAUUGUGUAAUUACCAUUAUUCCAUUGCUUAUCGUAUUCAAUAUCUGUAAUAAAUACGGUGAUUAGGUACUACAAUAGGCACCGAUAGAACGGGAUGAUAUGUGGCACAACGAAUUAAAAAAUACAUCAUUCUCGUUACGCAAUUAUUAAUUUCCAUAUAUUUUUUACCAAUACAAUCGAUGAUUGUGACAAACGUAUCGAGCGACAUAUUGCGUUAGCAUUAGUGUGGAGAAUCAUUUUAGCCUAAUAUAAAUCAAAAGUUACGAGUAAAGUUUAUGUGAAAUAUUAGACGAAUACCUUGUAAACUCAACUAAGUCGGUAAAUCAGAACGGAGGCGUACUAUUUAUUUAACAAUAACAAGGAAUACCUUAGAUUUUUCAUUCGAUUCGUAGUAUAGUGACCGAAAUUUUUAAUGUGAGGUAAUUAUCGAUACGCAUUUUGAUGCCAUUCUAAAUAAUAGUGUCAUUAUUUAGAGAAAUUCUCAUCAAUUCUUGCACCUAAUUUGCAAAAGUAAGGUCUCCGCACAAACGUUAUGGCCAUUAUGUUUUGGUCAAGCGAGCUGGUUUUAUCACAUUUUGUAAUUUUCUACAAUAAAUGGGAAAUCAGACGAUUUUAUAAAAACUUGAUGGCCGUAAAGUUUCAUCGGAGUUGGUUCUUUGUAACAAUCUUUAAAGAGAUAUUGAUGUGCUUGGAAUACAUUUUGCAACGCACAUUUAGGCGUCUGUAUGACUACAGUUUUUUUCCUCAACAUCGAGUCUAGUGAAUGGUAUGGAUAUGCAACUAUACUAUCCGUUAGUUAGUGUCUGUUGGAAUUGGUUAUUGACCAAUACAUGUCAGUAUGAUCAAAAGUCAUACUGUAAUAAGGAAGGAUAACCAACGUUACGUAUAAAUUUUUGAAUUGAGUUUCAUUGGUAGUUACGAAUUCUCAUUUGCUGUGGGUAUCAAGUACUGUCCUAUAACAUAUAUAUUUAUGAUGUAAGCUUCUCCGUAAAAUAUCUAACUUCUGGUUGAAUUACUGAUUAUCCGAAUAAAGGUAUACUAAACUUAUUUCAAAGUGAGCACACGUGUAUCAAUGGCUCAGUUGGCUGGAGAUAUCUGUACACUUGUGACGCAUAGGUCACACAGCUUUUUGAUAAUUCUUAAGAUGAUUUUGGAGACUCCAAACUAGGGGCUUCUUACAUUACAGUUUGUUCCAAGUAUUUGCACUACUAUAAAUAUUGCGUAGAAUGUUAUGAUUAUGCGUAAAAGGGCCUUAGAGUAUUUAUUGUGAAUCAAAAUAACUAAUAAAUAAUAUUUAAAGUAUAUUUAAAAAUAAGAUAGACGAUUAAUCUGUACAAUGCAUUUGUUUUUUUGUUUUUCGUUUUUGCAUUACAGCGGGGUGCGCACACACACAUACAUGCAAAUUUAAUGCGUUGACAUAUCAACCAAGCAUUUGAACACUAUUCUAACAGGAUUACAAUACGUACUAGUAACACUUUUAACUUGACUCCCAAUAGCAGGAAAAUAUUUGUAAGAAACACAAUACGAUUAUUUAGUGACUAAUGUCUAUUUAGUGUAAUUAACGAAUGAUGUCUUGUGAAAACAGUGGUCCAACAUUUUUAUUAUUCGAAACGAAACACAAUGACGAAAAAAGAAAAGAAAAUAUGCUAAGCAAUGUUCACAAGAUAUAGGGACAGCCUUAACUAACGUUUAAUCGCACUCACGUCUUUACAAGGCACGACAUACUUAUGCUGCAUUAUUUUUAACCAUAUUUUCGUUUACCAGCCAGUUCAUUUACCUAAGUUUAGGUAGUCAAUUGCUUGCAAAAGCUAAAAUUUUCGACUAAUUUUACGGUUUAGUGAAAACAAUUUAUGCACAGCGUCCGAUCAGAGUUUUCAAUUGAACGUAUAUUUUAAGCUGAGGCGUUUUUGUGUUCUUUAAUAUUAUUCAUUUAUUUUUUCUUUAUUUAAAUUCCAAGCACAUAUAAAGUACAUCAUAAGCCAUAUUACUUGUAAACGUAUGUUUCACCGUUUAUUUCAAAACCAAGUUCACGUUGCGGGUAUUGAAGUCGAAUUGGUGAAAAUAUAUUCUCUUGAAUAAAGUAAGUGAACAAUGAUAUGUUUAAUGCUUCGUACAGUAUAAGAAAACAGCAAGCAGUACCAUUUACCUCAGAGACAGAUACAGAAAUCAAACAUCAUUAUCAACUGCAUAUUAUACCAUAAUCUCGUGAUUAAUUGUACAUGCUAUUUAUUGUAAAUAAUUACAGGUAAUAUUUAUUAUAAUGACUGUACUAUAUAUAUAUGUUAAUAACAAUACAACUACGCAUUGAAUGUAUAACUGUAGUGUUUAUACGUCGAAUAUGUGAAUAUGUAUAUGAACUUAUAUUCACAGAGAUUGUAGAUCUAGGCAGCGGGCCGAUUUAUUAUUUACAAACAAUUGACAGGUGAUGAUUUCUAUAUACCUCUAUACACACAAUGAAUUUUUUUGUUCUACUCGUACCGAGAACUGCAUGCAUUUCGUAGAAUCAGAAUCAGAUACACAGAUACAAACGUUACAUUAUAUUGACAAACAAGAGAGAAGAAGUUUCCUCAAUAAGUAUAUAAAUAAAAUCAGUGUUGUCGAUCAUCAGAUUACAGCUGUAUAAAGUGUAUGUAGUAAAUUUUAGAAAUUAGGUGAGAAAUGGUGGCAAAGUAAUCAUUUAUUGCGUUGAACUGUAACCAAGAGAAUAAAUAAAACUUGAAACUAUGACGAUUAAUCGCGAUGUGUCGCACGUUUGGCCCAACUUUCGGGUGGUGCUAUCGUACAUAGGAAUCACUAAUUUAAACGAUGUGUCGUUAUGUUCAAAGGAAUGCCUGCUUUGGUAACCGGUAACGCCGAUUCAAAUAGAAUUACAUGGAAUAGGUGUAUUCGUAAUCUCUCCGAUCGCUUUAUAGAAAUAUUAUCGUACUGUGCACGGGCUGGUGCGAAGAUGGAAAUGAAUUUGAGAGAGAAAAUCAACAUUAUGUAUGUAUAUUAUCAUGAUUGUAUUAUGAAAUAUAUAAUGUAAUUAUACGUAUAUGAUAUAAUAUCAACUAUCAAUGGUAUUUAACGGAAUAAGAGAUAAUAAUUUUAUAUUUACAAUAUAGAACUUGAAAUCUAUGAGUGUAUAAUAAUAUCUACUACUGUAUUAAGGAAUUCCCUGCAUAAGGUGAUAUAGUAAAAAGCUAUCUUAUUUAAUAUUUGGCAUAAUAUUUAUACAUAUGUAAGAGAUAGAGUAUAAAGUAUAAAACGAGAUGAAAACACUGAAACAGAAGAGAGUUCAGAGGUACGUACUCCGUUGCAAAGAAAUAUGAAGCUAUGUGAUCCAUUAGUAGCUUUCAGUCGUGAAGACUUAUAUGUACUUUAUUUUGUAAAUUUUGUUUAUACAAUAAUUGAUCAUUCACGCAUAAUACUAUUGUAUGUGAAAUAUGAGUUAAUAAAACAUUGAAAUAUUGAGUUA